AACGUCCUCUUGUAACGUGUGUAGCCUUAUCUGGGAAGAAUCUAGCUGUAGGUUCUAUCCUCAUACAUUCUGACCCGGCAGCAGGUUAGGAGCUCUAGAGACUUCCAUGCACAAACUCUCUUGCCAUUGAAAGGAUAACUGCUAGAAAACUGUGGCAGCAACUUGUGUUUGGAACAGAGAAUAGCUAACAUGAAGGACUCUGUGACUUUUGAGGAGCAAACAGAGCAAAUUGUGCAUGUGUUGCUUUCCAAUCUCCCAGGGCAAACGCCAAGAACAGAAUAUUGUGGCCUUGACUUGCAGUUGCAGGGUGGUGGAAUUGUGCGUGAUACAGGGCAAACGCCAAGAACAGAAUGUCGUGGCCUUGACUUGCAGUUGCAGGGUGGAAUUGUGCGUGAUACAGCCACGAGUAGUGCUGCAAGCCCUUUUGACCCAUCUCAUAUUGCCAACACCCUGCAGCGCCUAGGAGAUGAGUUUAAUGAGGACUUGGAGAGAUCAGCCCAGGAGGUCAUAGCACAGAGAAAUGAGGAAACGGUAGUGAAAUUCAAAGAAACAGUGGCCACUCUCAGCAAGACCUGGAGCAGGCAGAAUCCUGAGCUGGAGUAUGAAAGAGCUUUCCUGGCUGUUGCUGUGAAAUUGUUUACAUACCUUGCAAGGAAAGCUCAUUAUAUAGCCCAGUCACACUUACUCACAGAGACAAUCAACGGAACCCCGCAAGUGAGACAAUAUAUUGAAAGGCAAGGUGGCUGGGAGUACUUUGGAAACAGAAGAGGAUAAAGUAACCACUAAUCUCUCUCUUUCAUACAAUAAGUGUUGCUGCGCUUUGUGCUGGAAAGCAUUCCUGCACUGGAAUUGCACAGCAGAGGGAAUGUACAACCUGCAUUUUUUUAAAAAAAAAAAAAUCCUAAUUAAAAAAAUGAUAGGUCUUGAUGGUGAUGUUACGUUGUGAGCCUUCAGUAAUGCUGUAAAUCAUUCAUGUAACCAUAAUUCUACACAGUACUCCAAUUUGCAAUGGCUUGGCUUAACUGAUAACUAAUUGCAUGUUGCUGUGAUAAUUAGGAAAGUCCCUGCAAUUCAAGUCUUGGAAUCUUAUUUCAGUAUCUCAUUUUGCCAUCUGUAAAAAUAAGCACAGUAGUAAACUUUCCUACAAUAAGAAACUUUAAAAAUAAGAAUGCUUUUUGUGGAUGCCCAAUGGAUUUGUCAUCCCUUUAUAACACGGAUGGGGGAACCUGUGGUCCCUCCAUAUGUUCUUGAAUUCCUAUUCACCAUCAGCUCCAGCUAAAAAAGCCAAUGAUCAGGAAUGAUGGGAGAUGUAGACUAACAAUGCAUAGAGAGCAACAGGUUCCCACCCCUUGCUGCAUAAGAUUGGGAGGGAAUUUCCCCUUCACUUAAAGUGGCUUUUUGCCGCUUUCCCCUAUAGCAUGGAGAAUAACUCAUUUCAUUGAGCUGAGGGUAUUGUGCUACAUAUCUGAAUUUGGUAACUCAACUUGCUCAUGCCACACUUGCUCAUGCCACACUUGCUCAUGCCACACCUGCUCUGUUUGUAACAUAUAAUCUGAACAGUAAUGCUGAACUGGUUAUGGAUGAUUAGAUGGAAAGAAGGAUUCUGCCUUUGAUAAUAAUUAGGCAGUUGGAGGUCCCUUCCUCCUCUAUAGUUCUUUACUUCCCUGAGCUAAAGACUAUCAAAUCUGACAUGCUUUUCACUAGACUGUAUUGACCUACCUUAAUGUAAACUUUGGCGAUACUCUUAUGUUAAUGAAACAUGCCUUCCUGCUCAGGAAACUCACCAGUUUUCUAUAUGAUGUUCCAGUGAAUUGGAAUGAAAGAAGCCAUGAGAAUAACCAAGGGCUGAUUCACACGAAGAUUUAAUGUGAAAUGGGAGCCACCUGCACCCCAUUUAGUUUGCACAGUUUACAUGACAUCGCAGACAAAGGGAAGGUGUAUUGCUGCUUUUCCCUUUAAAUCCAAAUCAAAGCAACCUGCUGAAAAUGCGGUAAGUGAAGGAAAAACUGUCUCCACUUUGCUGUGCUCCUCCCAUGUAGGCUCUUUCCUCUGAUGCUUUUUGCUAGGGGGUGGAACAUUACUUCAGAUACUCUCCUUUCUCCGCCCACUAAACUCUCCAUGAAUUCCAUUUUACUUCCAUUGGCUCAAGAAGCAACUUCCAACUGGCUGCUCCCAAACUGCUGCAGCCCUCCUUUCUUUUGUCCCUUACUUGCCCAAUAAACUGCCUGCCUUCACUCCUGUUCUUUUGAACUCUUUCCACCCAAACUCCCUUGGGCUUUGCAAAAGUGAAGCUGAACUACCCCCGUGACUUUCCCUGAAAAUUGUGUCAGCAGCAGUUACCCUUCAUUGCAGUAGCAUCUCUCUCUCUCUCUCUCUCUCUCUCUCUCUCUCUCUCUCUCACUCUCUCACUCUC